UGCGUGUUACGUGCACGCACCUGCAGUACGUGAACGCGGGGCGCGCAACCUAGAACUGGGAGGAUCUGAAUUUGCCACCAAAAUCGGUUAUAACCGAUUAUAAAGUUACAGAUCGAUGCAGUUGAAUCGCCACCUUGAUAACUGAUUCAUCACGAUGCAUCUUUACGUCCUUAGUUUAAACCACUCCUACUUCCUUUGAAAGUGAAAGUGAAACUGUCUCUCUGUACCGGGGUAUGAACAGAAAUAGAAUCGGCCCCUGAGGAUGGUGGACAGCGACGUGGGGGUGUUUACACUGGUUCUGUUCUGUGACCUCACUCUCUGGGGGGCGCUGUGGAGCGGGACGUGUCUGGUGGGGGUCCCAUGCUCCGUGGGGCUUGCUGGGCUGUGGACCUUCGGGUUGCUGCGGUGGUGCCUGCUGUACUGGGUAUCCCGGGCGACGGUGGCGAGCGGCAGGGAGAGGCCCUGGCUGCAGCGCUGGGUGGCGACGCACAGUCUGCUGAGCCCCGUGUUUGAGAGUGUCCGGAAUGCCCUGCACCGCGGUGUCCCUGUCACCCUGCUGCCGGGCCCCGCCGCUGUGGCCCUGCUCACGGUGUCAUCUGCCGGCGCCUGUCUCUUCUGGGAGCUCAGCUUCCCAGAGGACAGGGCCGACCGCAGGGCGGCGAAGAAAAAGCACGAGGCCAAGGCGCUCCUGAUGAGGGUGGUGCGCUACUCUCGCGCAGACGCCCCGCACCUGGCUGUAGCCUUUCUCUUCCUCAUUCUGGCCGUCGCUGGAGAGACUUUCGUUCCCUAUGCCACUGGGAAUGUGAUUGACAUCCUGAGCUCCCAGUAUGAGUACAGCAGCUUCCUGUGGGCCAUUGGUGUCUUUGGGCUCUUCUCAAUGGGCAGCUCCUUUUGCGCUGGAGUCCGAGGUGGCAUGUUCAAGUGGAGUCUGGCCCGUUUGAAUAAGAGAGUCUGUCACAUGCUGUUUGGCAGCUUAAUGAAGCAGGAGAUCGGCUUUUUCGAGGAGACUGAGCCAGGGCACCUUUGUUCUCGUCUGGAAUCUGACACCAACAAGAUGAGUCUGUCUGUGGUCCUGAACAUGAAUGCUCUGGUCCGCAGUGUGGUGAAGACGGUUGGCAUGCUGGCACUGAUGCUGGGCAUUUCCUGGCAGCUCACCUUGCUCACCUGUGUGGAGAUGCCCGUGCUCGCUCUGCUGCAGAACGCCUACAGCACCUACUCUCUGACUUACUCUCAGCAGGUGCAGGACUGCAAGGCCAGGACAACGGCGGCGGUGGCAGCAGCCCUGGAUGGAGUUCGGACGGUGCGCAGCUGCAGUGGAGAAGCCACUGAAGUGAGGAGGUAUGAGGAGACCCUGAGAGAGAUGCGGCGCAUCCAGAACAGAAAGGGCGGCGUCAGCGCCGUGCACCUCCUGCUGCGCCGGCUGGUCACCAUCUUUGUGAAAGUGCUCAUGCUGAUUUAUGGACGGCGGCUGAUCCUGCUGAAGCAGCUGACUGGAGGAAAACUGCUGUCUUUCGUCAUCUACCAAAAAAACAUGCUCAACAAUAUGAAGGACCUGGUUGCUGUGUGUGGAGCCAUGCUGACCUCCGUGGGGGCUGCUGCCAAAGUGUUCAAGUACCUGGACAGGAAGCCGAGGCAGGAAGAGGCGGGACACCUGGAGCCCGUCAGCCUGGAGGGACGCGUGGACUUCAGGAAUGUCACCUUUAGCUACCCGUCACAGCCGGACAAGCCUGUGCUUCGGGGUCUGACCCUGACUUUGCAGCCUGGGAAGAUGACUGCUCUGGUGGGGCCUUCGGGGGCUGGGAAGAGUUCCUGUAUCUGCCUGCUGGAGAGGUUCUACGAGCCCCAGGAAGGGGAAGUCCUGCUGGACGGACGACCCCUGCACCACUACAGCCACCGGUACCUGCACCAGCAGGUGGUUCUAGUAUCCCAGGACCCUCAGCUGUUCUCCAGCUCUGUGAGAUGCAACAUAGCUUACGGCCUUGAGGAAUGCUCCCUUGACAAGGUGAAGGAGGCAGCUGUAAAAGCCAGCGCCCACGAUUUCAUCAGCCGACUGGAGCAUGGCUACGACUCAGACAUGGGGAAAGGUGCCGCCCAGCUGGCAGCCGGAGAGAGGCAGCGGCUCGCCAUCGCCCGGGCACUGGUUCGAGAGCCGCGGGUGAUCAUCCUAGAUGAGGCCACCAGACACAUGGAUGCCAGCACGCAGCAGGCGGUGCAGGAUGUCCUGUCUGGAUCCGUGGGCCAGACGGUUCUGGUAGUGGCCCACCACCUGCAGACUGUGCAGAAAGCUGACCACAUUGUUUACCUGGAGGACGGGGUGGUGGUGGAGCAGGGGACGCACGCACAGCUGAUGGCCCUUAGAGGGCGCUACUACAGGCAGAGGGAGAGGCUGUUUGAUCUGCCAGUCGGUGCUGGAAACUGAGCAGGCCAGCAAGUGGACUGCAGUUGGUGGGGGCUACCACUAGGGGGCAUAUUAAAACACAAUGUUAAAUAAUGUCAUGGUGACUUAGUGGUAGGGACUGUUCCCUCAUGCAUCCAGGGUUGGGAGUUUGAAUCCCACCUUCACUCUGUGUUCUGUGUCACAGUAUGACUGUUGAGUAUUAAUGUACCUGUGUGUGUAGGCACUUUCACACUGCUGGGACUUUUUUCUGGAACCAGGGACUUUUGUCGUGUUCAUACCACAGGAACUCGGCCUAAUUGUAGUUCCUCAGAAGCAGUUCCUGAACCCUUUCUUAGUACCUACUCCAGACUCAGUACUUUCUGUUCAAACAUUAAUUACUGCGGAGGCUAUCUGGUUGAUUGGGAGACCACAAACGCUGGCACUUGAGCAUAUGGAAUUAUUUUUGUAUCCCAAUUACAUUUUAUGCAUAAUUUAAUAUUUAUUGUUUGCGUCUUCAUAUUUCUGCUUUGGAAAAUUUGAUCGCUAACUAGCAUACUUUUGUUUAACGUCUCUAGUGCUGCCGGUGAAACUUGCCAGCGCUUAUUAGCAUAAUAACGUUACAUCGUUUUUUAUUCUGUGGGAAACUGAAGAUGUUAUUUUCAUUCAUUUCAUUUUUAGCAUGGAUAUGGAAAAUUAUCUGCUGGUCCCGCAAGGGGGAAGCAGAGAGCCACUUUGGCGAUGGUUCAACUUUACCAGAAAACCUCAUGUAUACUUAUAUGCAUGGGUGGCAAAUUACAGGAUAAACCUCAAGAGGUUUGUAUUUUACUGUUUAAAAGAUAAUUAAACCAACUUUAAAGUGA